CUUUCGUCCACCUCCACCUCUCCUUCUCUCUCGCUUUUGCUCUGCGUUCAUCCACCCAGUGGCGCCAAGCGGUUGCUGCAAUGGACCGCCGCGACCAACGCCCCCCUCGCUCUGCGCCGCCUCGCGGCAACACCGCCAACCCGACCUCCAACCCACCUGCCUACCACGAUGACCCUCACAACCGUCCGCCGCUCAAUCCGACCCCUGCUGGUCGUGGAAAUGUCUCCUUUCAGAACACAGAGCUAGGCGACCGCCAUGGCCAGGUCGACGACUCGCGACAACGCUACUUUUCGGCUUACCGCGACAGUGCUCUCCCACCCACGCCGGACGACUUAGCCCUUGAAAGUGGGGCUGGCAGUGGCUUCGAUCCCUCACGAGUGGCCAGGAAGAAGAGCCUCGUUCGUCCAGACAGGGAAAAGAUCGAACCUGGUCAUCGAUUAUGGCAUUACCGAACUCAUGCCGCACAGUUGGAGGACGAAGGUGCAGGCAGACUCGGACUCUUGCCUUCUUCGACGGGAAACUAUCCUCAGCGAGCCCCUCUCCGGCGCGGGAAGUCACUCCUAGCACGGGAGCAAGAUGUCCCAGAGUCGGGCCUGGCCUUAUUCAAGCGCGGUGCAACACUUCGCAGAAACAGGUCUCGGCAGACAAUCAACAGCGAGCCCGAUGCGCCGCAAAAGAAGCGACGCUGUUGUUCAGACGUUCCCGGUCCUCUUGAUGCUUGGAUGAUGUAUUGUGUCGUCAUUACAAUUUGUAUCCCAGGUUUCAUGCUCAGUGUAUUUGGCAUCCGCACACCCGAACAACAGCGAGCUUGGCGCGAGAAGAUGGGCCUUCUCAGUAUAAUUAUGUGCCUCAUGGCUGGCGUUGGUUUCAUCACUUUCGGUUUCACACAGGCUGUAUGUGGAACGCCAGCCGAUCGUUUCCGCUCUGGGUCAGUUGGCAAUAGCUCGGUCAUCAUCCACGGCUACGACUAUGACUUUUCAAAGUUCGACCACCCUGCUACCGGUUCAUUCGAUGGACAUUCCAAUCCUUUGUUUGAGGGCAAUUGGGGCGUUGCUGGUGCAGAUAUAUCAUUCAUGUUCCAAAACGUCGGCGGCUCUUGUCGGAACAUCAUCACACGUGCAAGCAACUCGACCAUCCCCGUAGCCAACGACGAUUUAGAAUGGUACUUCCCAUGCAACGUCUUCAAUCAGUUCGGAACUUCAGGCGUCAAUCUCACGAAUUACGACACCAACACGACCUGUCACGUCUCUAGCACCGCUCGUGGUGAUCUUGCUAAGAUGUCUCCGCAGGGUCAGGUCUAUUAUACUUGGGAUGACGUCAAGAACCCGUCUCGCAACCUCGCAGUCUACCAGAGCAACGUACUGGACUUUAGUCUCUUGAACUGGCUGAAUAAGGCUCAAGUAAGCUUCCCGGACAUCUUUGAGGACUUCAAGACAGCGAAUGGCACGUACAACGCGCGUGACAUUACAAUGAUGUUCCUUCGGACCAACCAGAAACCGCUCGGGAAAUGCUUGCAGGAUAUCAUCACUGUUGGCUUCAUCGACACGAUCACAAUUGGAUGCGUUGCUUCUGACAUUGUGCUAUAUGUAUCGCUAAUUUUCAUCAUUGGUGUCGUUGCCAUCAAGUUCGGGAUGGCCGUGAUCUUCGGCUGGUUCUUGUCCUGGAGGUUAGGUGCAUUCGGUAACGAGACGUACGAGCAGCGCAUGCGUCGAGCCGCGGAAAUUGAGAACUGGACGGAUGACAUCUAUCGACCAGCACCGAGUAGCUACAGGCCGAACGUCCAGAAGAACGGCAUGACGGACAAGUACAGCAAGCGCAAGACGGCGCUCUUCCCCUCAACGUCGCGUUUCACACCUUCCGAGACUGUUCCAAAGCUCGUCGGGAGUCGCGGUGCAGAUGCCGUGCAAUACAAGCGAAGCACGACUUACGGUGGUGGAGGGGCCAAGAAACUGAGUCCACCAGACACACCUGCGUUCCGUUCGUCGCGCAGCUCAACGUCCCUUGUUGAUAGUGCAUCGCAAAAGGGCUCGUUCAACGAGGCGCCUUGCCCGUUCCCACUCAACAAUGUCGUGCCGCAGCCCUCGGCUGACUAUAUGCCAUUCAACUUCCCUUUGGCGCAUACUAUCUGUCUGGUUACCGCGUAUUCCGAGUCCGUUGCAGGUCUGAGGACAACGCUAGACUCGCUGGCUACGACCGACUACCCGAAUAGUCACAAGUUGCUCAUGGUUAUUGCCGACGGUAUGGUGAAGGGAGCCGGUAAUGAUUUGGCGACCCCGGAUAUUGUGUUGUCCAUGAUGACGGAGCUUGUCGUCCCUGCAGAUGAGGUUGAGGCGCAUUCGUAUGUCGCCAUCGCUGACGGACAUAAGAAACAUAACAUGGCUAAGGUGUAUGCCGGCUUCUAUUCGUAUGACGACAACACGGUUGAGCGUUCGAAGCAACAGCGGGUACCGAUAGUAUUGGUCGCGAAGUGUGGGAACCCGCUUGAGGCGAACGAUCCCAAGCCCGGAAACCGCGGGAAGCGUGAUUCCCAAAUCGUGCUGAUGGCGUUCAUGCAGAAGGUCAUGUUUGACGAGCGUAUGACGACGCUUGAGUACGAGUUCUUCAACUCGAUCUGGCGUGUGACGGGUGUUAGCCCGGAUAGGUAUGAGCUGGUUUUGUGUGUAGACGCGGAUACGAAGGUGUUCCCUGAUUCGUUGACGCGCAUGGUAUCGUGUAUGGUACACGAUGAGGAAAUUAUGGGUCUUUGCGGUGAGACUAAGAUCGCAAACAAGGCAGAGACAUGGGUCACGAUGAUUCAAGUAUUCGAGUACUAUAUCUCCCACCACAUGACGAAGGCAUUCGAAUCAAUGUUUGGUGGUGUCACCUGUUUACCCGGUUGCUUCAGUAUGUAUCGUCUGAAGGCUCCGAAAGGUGCAGGCGGAUAUUGGGUUCCUAUUCUGGCUAACCCGGAUAUCGUGGAACAUUACUCGGAGAACGUCGUUGACACUCUGCACAAGAAGAACUUGUUACUUCUUGGAGAGGAUCGGUUCUUGACCACGCUCAUGCUCAAGACCUUCCCGAAGCGGAAGAUGAUUUUCUGUCCGCAGGCGGUUUGCAAAACGAUCGUACCGGAUACGUUCAGUAUUUUGCUAUCGCAACGUCGACGUUGGAUUAACUCGACUGUACACAAUUUGUUUGAGCUUCUCUUGGUUAGGGAUCUUUGUGGAACGUUCUGUUUUUCGAUGCAGUUUGUUGUGUUCAUGGAGCUGGCGGGUACACUCGUUCUUCCGGCUGCCAUCUCGUUCACGCUUUUCCUUAUUAUCGAGUCUAUUAUUCCUGGUGGUUCGAGUACGACUAUUCCGCUCAUCUUGCUGGCGAUUAUUCUCGGUCUCCCUGGUCUUCUUAUCGUGGUGACGUCCCGCAAGGUCGCGUACGUUGGAUGGAUGUUGAUCUAUCUGCUGUCGCUACCGAUAUGGAACUUUGUAUUACCAGCAUACGCGUAUUGGCACUUCGAUGACUUUUCCUGGGGCCAAACGCGGCAAAUAUCUGGUGAUAAGGGCGGGAGCCACGGUGAUAAGGAAGGAGAAUUUGAUUCGUCGCAUAUUGUCAUGAAGCGCUGGGCGGAAUUCGAGCGUGAGCGUAGAUGGCGCGGUGGCACACAGUCCCGCGACUCAACAUUCUUUGAUAUGCGCUCUAAUUCUCCGAAGCGGACUUCUAUGAUUUCAACAUCGGAGACGUUCCAACACCAGAGUUCGGAUAUGGGCGACUCCUUUAGCUAUGGUGGUCAGCCUCGGCCUAGGUUCGAUAGUUCGCCACUGGUCAUGCUUCCGGCACCCUUGGCGGUGAACAACAGUAGGCCUACCGGGCUCUCAACGACGCCUGGAUCUCGAAACAGCGAAGAGGUGCCCAUGCUUGGAGAUACUGGUUCUCGGGCGCGGUUGAUACCUAGUCCACCGGGCGAUUACAGCGCCUACAGUUCGCCAGAGCCGUUCUUGCCUCCGCCGUCAAACCCGAUUGAAAACUUCGUCAACCGGGCGGGGCAAGGUGCUGGUGGAAGCAUGGGAGGUGUCGUGCUGCGACAAGGUACAGUGUCGAGCGCGUAUCCGGGCGAGACGCAGAACCCUUAUCGUACCACUCCGCAACAAGCAGCAGGAUAUGAUGAGGAUUACUCGGUCGGGACGACAACGACCUCAGAGUCAGAUGAUACUCAGGCUUCGGCUGCUCGUCAGCAGUCUUCGCCACAGCAGUACCAGGCUCAGCAGAGGGCGCGUGGAAUCAGUUUGGAAGACAGAGGACCUGUACCCGGACCGGAAGGGGUUCGUCGAGUAGCAAGGCCGCAGUCAAGGAGGCCGUCGUCACAACAGCCGCAGACGAACCGGUACUCGCGUUCAUCUUUGUACAAUCUUCCUCCAGGUGCUGCCCCUCCACGGCCCCAAGGUGAUUAUCAGUAAACAGACUCUCGGACUAUCUCCUGCAUUGCAUCGAUACACUUCUUUCAAGACAUUUCAUCAAGGAUUUUUCAUUACUCCCUCCAGGUAUAGCAUGCUAUCGUUUCCUCAAUACUUUCAUUUUUCCUUCGUGCUUUCCUAGUCCUAGUUAUUGCUUUCUUUCUUUCUUUCUCUUUUAUUUUAAUUAUUUUAAUUGCAGAGUACGCUCUCGGACAUAAGGUGCACACGCCUUUAUUCAUUCUCCCCACCCCCCCUUUUUAUUUCUUUGGCGUUUGAAUUGCAUGGACUCGCUGUAAUGACGUUUUCUUCUCGGCUCUCUACAAACCCUCUAUCCAC